AUGUCUGUGGAGCUGGAGCAGUCAGUUUCACCACGUCGAGCUGUACAUCCUCCGUUGAGACGAGUGUCCAGAAAAUCGUCCCUGAAUGGAGGCCAGCUGGAUAAUAAUCAUCCACUUUUCAGGAAGUGCAAAAGAUUUCCUGUAACCGCUUUCAUUCGCUUGAUCUAUACGCUUCAAGAAUCAGAACACAUGAACUGUCGGGGAGGAAUAAGAUUACAACGCAAGUGGUUAAAGGGUGGUGGUUGUUCAGCAGAGAAAAUGUUUGCUAAGGGUUCACAUCUCAAAUAG